AUCAGACUCAUUGAAACCACGGCAGAGUUAAGUUAGUUUAUUUUACUCUGCCGUGAUUGAAACUUAUUAUUUCGAAAAAAUAAUGGGUCCCAAAAAGAAGGAGCGUGAAAUCGAUUGUGUUAAAAUACGGUCUCAAGAACAAACCGACCAUGAAUUUUUUUUGCAAGCCUUCGAAAAACCAACACAAAUCUAUCGAUAUUUAAGGACUAGGAAUAUGAUCACGCCGAUAUUUUUAUAUCGAAAUUUGUCGUACAUGAAAGAUCGAAUGAAAAGGACAAACAAAUCUCGCAGUUCGUUCAAGGUGGACAGUUUGUUAUCGAAAAAAAUAGACGAGAAGAAGAACGGAUCGGCCAAUGACAAAACUCUGGGUGAAUACAUGACGCUAAUGUUUCUCGGAUUUUUCGACAAAACUCUACCCGAUGGCGAAGUGGAAGUGGAAACGCUGGUAUCGAAGAUUUCGCAUAAGAAGCGGAAGGACAGUUUUAAAACGUUACAGGAACGGUUUGGACGAUCAGUGGUUAAGAUCAAUCCGGACAUAUCCAACAGCAAUGCAAAAAUUCCGGCUGUUUGCGUUCCCACCGACAACUUUAAGACACCAGACGAGUCACUACAUCUGUCAUACAAACUUCAGUUAAACGUUAAAGUUUUGGAGAAAUUCAAGUCCGACAGUCAAGAUCCUCACGAAUCCCUGCCAAAACGCUACAAAUCUCAGAACAUCGUUUACGAAUCAGAACUGCUAGUUUUCGACAAACAAACGCGACGCCUAUUAUCGGAUGGCGAAUACGAAAUUUCGCUUCAGGAGAAACUACAAUCUACCAAAAAUUCACCGAAGAAAUUGCCUGGCUGGGAAAUGAUACCGGACACAUUCAUUGAAUCGCUGAAGAAAGAGAAUCCGUUUGAAGACUAUCAACAAUUUCCGAAAUUGAAAUUUCGCCUCGCUUGGACCAAAGAAAAAAGUGACGAUAUGGUGGAUCGUCCAUCGGAUCUGGCAUUCGAUAAGGAUGACUCGAACAAAGAGAAUGAAAGAGCUGUGGAUGAACCGCAAAGUGCCGAAAAGACCCAAAUAAUCUAUCAAUUCAUCUGCAACAACAAUUCACGCCAACAAGACGAACCGUGCGAAAAUUUCUGUUGCAUUUGGUGCAGUUUAGACUGCAUGGUAUUGUAUUCACUGUUGAAGCACCUGAAGCUGUGCCAUGCCCGUUUCAAUUUCAAAUACGUUCUUUCGAAUCCGGCUGUUCGCAUCGAUAUUAGCAUAAAUGAGCUGUAUGACCUUAUCGGAUCGUCGUCGCUAGCAUUUUCUCGAGCUGGUCCCGUUCGGCGGACGACUGUGACGAGAAUAUUAGUGAGUAGACCGAGACGUGUGAAACCAAAUUUGUUGGAAUUUUUGGAAAUCGACGAAAAUGAAUUGAACAGCCAGAGACCGUUCGUCACCGGACACAGUCGAUUAUAUCAUCAUAGAAUGACUUGUUUGCCCGUACAUCCCAAAGAACUGGAUAUAGAAUCGGAGGAUGAAAAUGAUCCGGUUUGGUUGCAGCAAAAAACCAAAAUGAUGAUCGAUGAGUUCACCGAUGUUAAUGAAGGUGAAAAAGAGAUGAUGAAACUGUGGAACUGUCACAUAAUGAGACAUGGGUACGUGUGCAAUACUCAAAUACCAUUGGCCUAUGAAAUGUUCAUCGAGCUGAAAGGCAAGGAACUGUUACAAAAGGAUUUGUACAAUAAUUUCACGUUGCAUCUGUGUAACCUGUUCGACUACGGCAUCAUAUCACCCGAAGAUUACUACAAUUCCAUUCAAAAGUUGAAAAAACUUCUGAGUAACGACGAUGACGGACGCAAAGUCAUAACCGAUGCCCGUGAAGAGCAAGUCAUUUAUUGGGACAAAAUUGGCUCACAAAAUCAAAUCCAACUACUCGAACAACAGAAGAAGAUUCAAGUGAAUAUUAAGACUCCGGCGCCAGUGGCGGCGGCGACUAGUGAAAAGACAGCCGCAUUAACGGAAAAGACAAUCAAAAGGGACUUGAAAUCGAAACUGGACGAUGAAAAGUUGCAUACGGCGGUAGCGAAUUUGAAAAAUACAAAGAGUGGAGUUACCAACUCGUCGAAUCGGAAACGGGACGCGGCUCAAAGUAAAUAGGAAAGUUCUGUCAUCAAACGGUGUCGGUCUACAUUAAGAGGUAUGUCGGAUCUGUGAUUGUUACGUAACAAUAAAAAGAAUUUCAGUCUCGCAAAGCCAAAAUUGCAGUCGAAUCGACGAUCAACAUAAGAUAUGAAAAAGGAGAAAAACGGUUGAAGCGAUAAGACCUUGAAAACCGGAUUAAUUAUGGAUUCUAUUUUGUAGCGGGAACAUUAAAUAGAAAUAUUUGUUUUUGAAGUA